UGAAUUGUCAAUGGAAUUGUCCUUCUCUUCUCCAAACAUCGCGAGACGGUAUUUCAGUGGCGUGACGUCAGAACCCACCCACAGAAACAGUGAACAUGUCGCUGGCGAGUUUUCUCCCUGCGCCCACCCAACUGUCCCAGGACCAGCUGGAGGCAGAGGAAAGGUCUCGUGUUCAGAGGUCCCAGUCCACUGCUUUGGUCUCCACCCGCAGAGAACCUCCUCCUUACGGUUUCAGAAAAUCAUGGGUCCCCCGAGCGUUAGAGAUCACAAACACACAGACGUUUGUGUCAACACUGCCCUGUCAUUUUUUUAUCAUUAAAUUAGCAUCGAUACUCCUUUCUGAGCAACAAGUUGGUAACAUCGUUAUUUUUUAAGUAUUUAAACUUGCAGAGAAGUGCUGCACGGAUGCAGGUAAUUAACACACACAUUCUCUCUCUCUCUUUCUCUCUGAUUCAUUUAGAUUACUUUAAAUAAAUGUAAUCUUACUGCACUUCAUCUUGGUGUCUUGAGUUAAGCGUACAAAAUUCUAUAUCUAGCCAACUAAAGUGACUGGUAUUGUAUUAGGCGGUUCUUUGCCUCCUGUGUUGUGCGUUCUAAUGCACGCCU